AUGCAUCAACAUCACGUUCAUCAGCAUUUGCACCCGGCGUUGGAGGUGCGACAGGACGCUGGCAGUACAGUCAUUCAGUAUGUCUACAAAACGGCCGACAAAACAUUCGAUGGCCCCAUUGGAGGUUACAGCACCGUGAACCCACCUCCCUCGAACGCCACACCUGCCCCGGCAGUUCAGCAGCAAAACACGCAGCAAGACACUUCGAACAGCAAUCAAAAUUCGAAUCAGAACUCGAACCAGGAUUCGAAUAACAACUCCAAUUCCAAUUCCGAUUCGGACAAUUCGCAGCAACAACAGCAGCAACAGGCUGCAGCGUCAAAGUCAGCCGCUGAUGCCGCAAGCAGUAGUGCAGCAGCAGAAGCAGCAGCGGAGUCAGCGAGUUCCGCGGCUGCCGCCAAACCCCAACAGACUUCGAACACGAACAGUGCCACGCCAACAGCGAAGACAUCCAACACAAAUACAAACACCAAGACUCAAGAGGCCGCCACUACAUCUCCCACAACCGACAUCACAAGCACGGACGCUGCCUCGACGCCUACUAUCUCGGAAUCUUCCGCUGCUCCGUCAUCGACCGGAAGCCCUUCAUCAGGAGGAGGAGGGGGAGGCGGCAUGUCCGGUGGUGCGAAGGCAGGCAUAGCUUUUGGUGUAAUUCUUGGCAUCGCUUUGCUUUGUGGAUUGGGUUUCCUGCUGUAUCGACGCAAGAAGAGACGCGACAACGAAGCGUAUCAAGCGGCUAAUGACGAGAAGUCUGCUGCAUUCGGUGGUCCUGCCGGUGGUGCCGCCGCUGGUGGCCUUGCUAGAUCGCAAAGUAACCUCUCGACCCGGACAACCGCCACUGCUCCUCGUCUCAGCCUUCGACCCGUCACUGAGUUCCUGCCAGAUCUUGCUGCUAAGGGCAAAGCGGCUCAAGCAGGAGGACCUGCUGCAGGAGCAGGUACAGGUGCCGCACUCGCGGCGGCUUCAUUGAAGCCCCGCGAGACCGAACGAGAGAAUCCUUUCGGAGAUCAUGCUGCUCAGCCGAGCAAGCGCAUAUCGAGCAAACGCUUUUCCGACAAACCAGUGCUCCCGAUUCAGAACAACGCACCCGAAAAUCCUUUUGGUAACCAUGCUGAAGCAUCCAUGCCGACUGUCGGCGCAACGGCUCCUAAAGGUGACACACCUGCGCCUCUGAGAAUUACCCCGUCACCCGAAGCUGCUGGGGUUGCUGGAGCCGGAGCUGCUGCAGCUGUCGCAGGGGCUGGUGCGCUUGCUGCUGCUAAACACCAAAAGCGAGAUGACAGACCAAAGGACCUCAAUAUCCCCAACAACCGUCCCAUGACCCCAUCGGGUCCACAGAGUCCUGCUUUGUCCGAGUUCAGCCAGAGCUCUGGCUCUCAAGGCCCCCCACCAACGAACGUUCAUCGUGUUCAGUUAGACUUCAAGCCUUCAAUGGAUGACGAACUUGAGCUCAAGGCUGGUGCCCUGGUGAGACUGCUGCACGAAUAUGACGACGGAUGGGCUCUGUGCAUCCGACUUGAUCGAUCACAACAGGGUGUUGCUCCGCGAACAUGUCUUUCCGCUCGUCCAGUCAAGCCACGCCCUCCACCAGGCGCUCGCGGUCCUGGACCUCGCCCACCGCCACCAGGCAUGAUGGGGGGACCUCAGCGUCCCAGCUCACCAGCUAAUCGUCAGCCUCGCCCAAUGGGAUCCCCCAAAGGCCCACAACGCUCAAUGUCACCUGGACCAUACAACGGUGGAGCCCCUCGCUCCAUGAGCCCAGGUCCAUAUGGAGGUGGUCCUCAGUCAUCUCCCAUCCACAGGGGUGAGAAGCGACGCAGCAACUCAGCUAGUGAUGUUGGAAGCCGGAGAAACAGCCCACCAGGCCCCAGCCCGAUGAACCCGAUGAUGCAGCGCGUUCCCAUGAAGGAUCAAGCUGUCGCACAUCCUGACAGACCGGCUUCUCCAAUGGUUGGUAGAAAGCCUGUCCCAGGGCAGGCAAUGUAA